UUCUUUUUCAUUACUAGUUGUUUCUCAACUUCAAAUAAGAGGUCACAAAUCACUGUGAACACAUCUUCUGUUUUCUCUUUUCUUUUUGGGAUUUCCACCCAAGAUGUAUAUUAUUAUUGUAUUAUCUCUUCUACAAUGACUUGAGUAAGUCACGGGAAAAUGAAAUGUAAAAUCAAUUUUCUUUUUAAAAUUGUUUUUGAAAUAAUUCAGUUGUAUUUUAAGAAUGUGUUUAAUAUAUUUAUAUUUGGUAUUCGGACAAUACAAGAAUAAUUCCAAGAAGUGAUGUUUUUAAAAAAAUAAAAUUUAUUAAGGGAUUAAGCGGAACAUCAAUUUAUUAAGAGGUAUUAAACCUAAUAUUUAUUAAAAAAACAUUUAUAAAAAGUAUUUUAAAAAUUAAAAAAAUUCUCUUUUUAAAGUUAAAACAAAACGUCCCUAUAUUAACUUAUGAAAGGUAAAUCUAGAAAAGUCAAUUUUUUGUUGUUUUUUCUAAAUGCAGUUAAUGACAUUGUUUUCACCUGUAUCGAAUGGAACAAUUGACUUAGCAAGUACACUCGCUGAAUCUUAGAUUCAGAAUUUCAGAUCCUCUCCUUUUUUUCUCUUUGCUGCCAUCCCUUCUUCUGCAAUCUAAACAUUUGAUAUCUUUUAAAUACAACUUUUUUAAUUUUUUAUUUUUAUCCAUUGAAAUAUUUUGGCCCUUAAAUUAGAGAUAUGAUGGAGGGCAGAAUUCAAAGAGCCGGAGAUGAUCCCUGCGCCUGAAUCUUACUCAGAGUAGAAGUAGAAGUAGAAUUAAUUAACUCUGUUGAUAAGAAGUUUCCACAACUAUUUUUCUAGAUCUAGGGUUCCUACUGAAAAUAACGCAAAACAGAAAUAAAGAAAGUAGUUCUCAUUAAUUUUCUGCCUCUCUCCCAAACAAUUCAAGAGUUUAAAUACAAGGCAUAACCCUAAUGGGCUGAGACAAGUGGGUCAGGCCCAAAAACCAAAAACAUAAAAAACUCUAAUUUAAAAUAUAAUCACCCAUCCAAGUGGGUUUCUUUCUGGACCGUGUGGGCCUGCUAACAUUACUGUCCGCCCCAAAAACAUCCUUGACCUCAAGGAUGGGUUUAACCUUGGGCUUGUGCGAAUUGAAACUAGCAGCCCAGUUUGAUGAAGUGCUGCUGGGGUUGAGGGCUACAGCUGGCACGCCUAAAAGAUUGAGGGGAACAGCUGGCUUGCACAAAGAUCUGAGUGGAGCAGAUAAAGUAGAUUCGGAGUUAUCUUCUUGGGACGCGAGGGCCGGUGGAGAUUGCACGUUGGGAUACCCCUUGAGAUCUAGCGGUGGAGAUUGCUUUAUCACUUGACCGUUUGACUGUGUGGAGUCAGAAGGUGGCGUGUUGAUAUUGGAAACAUCUUGGGAAGAUAAGCGACAUUUAUCACUUGUAUCUACUAUGUGGCUUUCCAACACAUCUUUGUCUUUGUUCAACAUUAUCUCUGUCUCUCUCAUAACAUUUUCUUCGACACAAUCCUCUUUGAAAGUACACCCUUUUUUCUCAAUCUCUCUGUCUUCCGACUCAGAUUUGUCACCCUCUUUCGUGUCCUCUAAGAUCUGAGCAUUAGUUUGUUCAUGCAUGAUGAGAUCCUUCGCUUCGGAGGUAGCCGGUUGAGGUGGGUCGUCAUCGCUUUCCGCCACUCCCGGCGGAAAAGGAGCUAUCGGAGGUUGUGGUUCAGAGCUAUUGAACGAGCGGAGUUGGGAGACAUGGAACACCGGGUGAAUCCGCGAAGAUGGAGGAAGAUCCAACUUGUAAGCCACUUUCCCGAUGCGCUGUAAAACUCUGAAGGGCCCAAAGUAACGUUGUGCAAGUUUCUGUGAGGAACGGUGGAGAACGGAGGAUUGGCGGUAGGGCUGAAGGCGCAGCAAGACCAUAUCUCCAACAUUAAAGGUACAAUCAUCUCUGUGCUUGUUAGCUUGAUUUACCAUUUUCGUUCUACUCUGGUUUAGAUUUUGUUUUAAUACUUGGAGUAUUUCUUCUCUUUGCUGAAGGGACGCAUCAACAUCUGGGAGGGAUGAAGACCCCGUGAUGUACUGAGGGAACGCAGGAGGUGGUUGGCCAUAGAGAGCUUCGAAGGGUGUCAUGCCGAUCGAGCUGUGGAAAGCCGUGUUGUGCCAAAACUCAGCUAAGUGCAGUUUCAGGAUGAUACGCUGUGCUAUACUUGAGGGUGGUACCUUGCGCGCGAAACAGUUCUUUCCAAAAGGUACUGAUGAAGAGAGGGUCGCGGUCGGAAAUAAUGGAUUUAGGUGUCCCAUGGAGUCGACAAACUUCAACAGAGAAGCGCAAAGCCAAGUCCUUGGCCGAAAAAUGAGUUGGAAGUGCGAGGAAAUGGCAGAACUUCGUGAGUCUAUCGCAAAUAACCCAUAUCACCGUGUGGCCGAAAGACAAAGACUCCUGGCCAGAGAAAAGAAGAAGAUAGGCGCGCUAAGGUUGGGUGGAGACCGGAGUGUCCUGCAAUCGGGGUGGAGUGGAAUUCUGUUAGAAUCUGAUGGCGCAAGUUCUCAACAGGAGGUAUGUAUAGUUUAUUUUUGUAGUACAGUAGGUCAUUCUUAAUCUGGAAUAAAGGUUGGGAUAGAGGGUCUGAUUUCACUUUCUGUAUGAGGGCCAUGCCCUGUUCCUCUGUUUUGUAGAACUGCUGUAGCUGCUGGAUUAGCGAAGGGAUUGGGGACGAAAUGGAGAAAAGGACCGCUUCUGUCUCAUCCUGAAUACGGCUCAAAGCAUCAGCGACUUGGUUCGACUUGCCAGGUUUGUAAAAAAUCUCAAACUGAAAUCCUUGUAACUUGGCCGCCCAUUUCUGCUGUUCUGGUGUUUGAAUGGUUUGAGCCAAAAGAUUUUUCAGACUUUUUUGAUCAGUGUAUAUGUGGAAAUGCCUCCCAAUCAAAUACUGACGCCAUUUCUUUACAGAUUCCGUUAUGGCGUACAUUUCCCGAACAUACACCGAAGAUGCUUGGAGUCUGUUGCAUAACUUCUUGCUGAAAAAGGCUAGGGGAUGACCGUGUUGAGACAGAACAGCACCGAUGGCCACUGCAGAAGCAUCCGUUUCUAGCACAAAGAGUUCAGAGAAAUCUGGAAGACAUAGGACAGGAGUUUCAGUCAUUUUAUUUUUUAAUGUUGUAAAAGCAGACUCUGCAGAUGUACUCCAAGUAAACUUAGUAGAACGUAAUAAAUCGGUGAGGGGAGCGGCGAGAGAGGCGUAAUGUCGAACAAAACGACGAUAGAAUCCGGUGAGGCCUAAAAAACCCCUGAGUGUCGUGAGAGAACGUGGCCGAGGCCAAUCAAUGAUUGCUUGAAUCUUAGCAGGGUCUGGGGUUACACCUUUACAAGAGAUAAUAUGACCUAGGUAAUCAACAGAAGGAACAGCAAAAACACAUUUGGAUAAUUUGGCAUAAAACUGAUUAGUAAGUAACAAGUUUAAAACCAAUUGCAAAUGAAUAGUAUGUUCAGAAAGGGAAGAACUGUAAAUUAAAAUAUCAUCGAAAAAAACGAGAACAAACCGACGUAGGUAUGGUCGGAGCAAGUCAUUCAUAGCCGAUUGAAAAGAACUAGGAGCAUUAGUAAGGCCAAAAGGCAUCACCAAAAACUCAUAGUGCCCGUCAAACGUCCUGAAUGCUGUCUUGUGUGUAUCUUCAGUAGAAACCCGGAUUUGGUGAUAACCAGAUCGUAAAUCAAUCUUAGAGAAAAUAGUUGCAGAACCCAACUCAUCAAAAAGUUCAUCGAUUGUGGGGAUGGGAAAACGGUCUUUAACCGUUACUGCAUUGAGAGCUCGAUAAUCGACACAAAAUCUCCAAGAGCCAUCUUUUUUUCUCACUAGGAGCACGGGGGAGGAGUAAGGGCUGUUGCUAGGUUUGAUUAUGCCUUCUUGUAGCAUAUCGUGAAUAAUUGUGGUCAUAGCUUCUUUUUGUGAGUGAGGGUACCUAUAAGGCUUGACAUUAAUAGGAGCCGUGUUUGGAAGAAUGGGGAUGUGAUGAUCGUGAAAACGAGAAGGGGGUAGGCCAUGGGGUUUUGCAAAAAUAGCUGAGUGGGAUGUGAGGACAUUUCGGAUUUGAGGUGGGGUGGUAGGAGAAAGAGAAUCAAGAGAGUUAGGAUCAGGGAUGGGGCAGCUGUGGGAUGAAUCCGAGGGUUGGUAGAGUAAGAGGUGAAUAGAUGCAACGGAGUCAGUGUGUAGUAAAUGACAGAAUUGGUUGUAGGUGGAAUGAGUAGGUAGAGUUUUGGGGUCGCCGCUGAUGGUGAUUGGAUUAUUUUGGUAAGUGAAAGAGAGCUUUGGGAUGGAAAAGUCUGCAGUAAUAGGACCAAGGGUUCUCAACCAUUCCAUGCCUAAAACGACAUCAGCUCCUUCGAUUGGUAAUAAGUGGAAAGGAAUGUGAAAAAGGUGAUUUUGGAGAGUAAUAGGGACUUGGGGACAAAGGCCUGUACAUGACAAUUUGGAGCCAUUGCCCACCAUAACAGAAAAAUUAGGGAUUGGUUUAGUGGGAAUCUUAAGAUGUUGGGCAAUGCGAGGCUGAAGGAUGUUGUGGGUGCUGCCGGUGUCAAUAAGGACGGUUACCGUAAGGCCGUCUAGCAAUCCGGUGAAUUUAAGGGUUUUAGGGGAAAAAUGUCCAAUGGCAGCUUGGGGGGAGAGUUGAAAAUAGGUGUCAUCCUCAUGAGGGUUGUGGUGUUCCGAACUAGGGGUUUCUGGUUGGGGCAGGGUGGAAAUUGUGUCAUCAUCCUCAAUUAAUAAAAGAAAUUUGCCGGUGGCACAUUUAUGUCCGGGAAUAAACUUCUCAUCGCAAUUAAAGCAUAAACCUUGGGCACGACGCUCUUGAAGUUGGGAGUUGGAUAAGCGACGGAUAGGGAGUUUAGAAGGGAGGGUUUGGGAAGUAAGUUUAGUGGUGGGGCUGGCCAUGGUUGUAGCAAUGGGGUUUGGGCUGGCUGGGUUGGUUUUGGAAAAGGGGUUAGAGUAUGGUUUGUGGUAUUUGGGUUUGGCAUCUUUUAAUUUGGACUCAAUGAGUUUGGCUAGCCCGAUAGCUUGGGAUAUGGAGGUGGGUUUAAGGAUGGCAAUUUCGUUUUGAAUGUCUUGAGACAAACCGGAAAUAAAACAAUUGAGGGUGGCUUCAUGUGAUAAUCCAACUACUUGUGUGCCCAAUUUUUCAAAGGCAGUUUGAUAAUCAACGACGGAUCCCACUUGUUUCAACUUAAAAAGUUCCGCUUGAUGAUUAAUGUAUGUAGAAGGACCAAAGCGGAGUUCCAAGGCUUUAGUGAAAGAAUACCAAUCGGUUAAGAGGUUGCUUUGGUGCUGCCAUUUAAACCAACAAAGGGCAUCUCCUUUCAUAUAGAAAGACAUCAUAGGUAAACGCUGUUCCGGUGGAAUUUGAUAAAAUUCAAAAAAUUGUGCUGCUUGAAAAAGCCACUCCAACGGGUUGGAUCCGUCAAACAAAGCGAGCUCUAAUUUGGGGGAGCGAAAUGUGGGUAAAGGGUUGGGGUUUCCUAGAGGAGUGUACGGUAUAUUGGGUGGAAAAUGAGAGAAAUGUUGUGAGGUUUGGGUGGCAGCCGUAGUAAAAGGAAUGGAGUAUGUAUGCAUUUGGGAGAAAGGGGGAAUAGUGGAGUAUUGUUGAAAAACAGUAGAUGGAAUAGGUGGCUGGGUGAAUGAAGGAAUAGUGGUGUAUGGUUGAGUGAAUGAGAGGCGUUGGGUGGUUGGUGUGGUGGCUGUAAAAGGAAUUUGUGUGAAUUGGGAAAAAGAACGUGGGAUUGUGCUAGUAGGGAUAGAUGUGUGUGGAAUAGGGGUGGAGUUAACAGUAGUAGGGGUGGGUUGUUUCGAAAUACCUGAACUGGAUCCAGGUGUGGAGGUGGUGGAAGCCGCCGCUGCUGAUUCACGUUGAGCGACGAGUUUGGUGAGGAUAGACAUCAUGGAGUCAUAGCGGGAAUCUGCCGUGGUUCUAUCUUUGUCCAUCCGAGUAGUUAGUUUCCCCACGUGUUGCUGCAAAUCAUUAGCAGCAAGAGCAAAACGCUCAUCUAGCUGCUGCUGGGUAUCUUGAAGGGCAUUGUCAAGAUGAAGGCCUGCUGUUUGCACAGCAGCUUGAACAGCUUCAUCAAUAAUAUCCUUAGAGGAUGGGUUAGGUGGCUUGGGAGGAGCCAUGAGAACAAGGGAUGAAAGCACCAAUUUGAUAAGAAGUUUCCACAACUAUUUUUCUAGAUCUAGGGUUCCUACUGAAAAUAACGCAAAACAGAAAUAAAGAAAGUAGUUCUCAUUAAUUUUCUGCCUCUCUCCCAAACAAUUCAAGAGUUUAAAUACAAGGCAUAACCCUAAUGGGCUGAGACAAGUGGGUCAGGCCCAAAAACCAAAAACAUAAAAAACUCUAAUUUAAAAUAUAAUCACCCAUCCAAGUGGGUUUCUUUCUGGACCGUGUAGAAAACCCUAAAAUAUACUAGUGUAUAUUAUCAUCAUACUCAGAGUAGAAGUAGAAGUAGAAUUAAUUAACUCUGUAGUCAACAUCAAUUGAAAAAAAAUAUAUUAUGUAUAUUUUUGUUAUAACUGGUAGUAUUUGAUAAUUGAUUUUGAUAAGUAUAAGUUAUUGGUUUAAGGUUUAAUAUAAAUAAAUUAUAAAUGCCUAUAAAUUAACAAUUUUUUAAAUAUUAUAUUUUAAAAAUAUUAAAAUCAAUUGUAUAAUUUUAGAAUCACUCUUCCCUAUUUUAAUAGAGGAACCAAUCAUAUACUUAGUGUCAUAUUAUAUUGGUUAGUUUAAUGUCAAUUUUUUAAUAUAAAUUAUAAGUCGAUUAAUUGAAAAUAAAAGAGAUUACGAGAUUUUUAUUUAAUUAGUUUAUUUGUAGGUUUUAAAAAAAUAUAUUUAAAUAAAAUACAAUAGUUUUUCAUUUUAUCCUCCAAAUUAAAAAAUUAAAAAUAUUUAAAUAUCUUUAAUUCUUUUAGUGAUCAGUUAUUCAACACAUCCUUAAUCUUUAAAAAAAGUGUCUAAGUAAUUUUUGAAGUGUAUUAAAAUCAGAUAAAGACACUUGUCUCACAUGUGUGUUAAACUAUUAAGCACAAAAAUUGGGACACGAAAUAAUAAGGACACUCCAAAAACGAUAAUGUCAAAAAGAUAGGACACCGUCAUUCCUAUACAUAUUAUAUAUAUAUAUAUAUACAUUACAUGCCAUACUAAGUUUUAACCGAACGAGAGAGAUGAGAGAGAGAGAGAUAGAGAGAUGGACCUUGGUGAGCUCUAGAAAAAUGAGAGGGACCAGACGGGAUCAAAACAAGACAGAUAGGAUUAACCUGCAUAACACAGAAAGUGAUGGAACAACAACUUGCUACAUUAACAACCUUCCAAAGGAUAUCACUGAGAGAGAAAUCAAGAGAAUGUUUGAACGAUGGGGCAAGGUGGUGGAUGUUUACAUAGCCAGAAAAAGAAAUAAGCUGGGAAAGAUAUUUGGGUUUGUCAGAUAUGUGGAUAUCAAAGAUGACAAAUGGCUAGAGGAUCAACUCAAAGAUGUAUGGUUCGGCUCAUACAAGGUAUGGGCGAAUAUCUCAAGAUUCCAGAGAAAAAACAGUAGGCUGGUACAAUGGCGUCGUAGCUCUAAAGAGGAGUAUCGUACUCUAGUAAGAAAGGAUGGGUGGGUCAGGGAGAAACAAAACACUCAGAAUGUUGGAGUCUGGCAUAACAUGAGAAAGAAUGGAAAAACGUACGCAGAUGCAACACGGAACAAAGAGUCCACUUUCAGGGAAAAACAUCAUGGAAACGUAACCAAGGAGGGCACAAGUCUAUUCAUUUCUAUAAAAGAAGAAGAAAUGACAUGGGCUAAAUCAGGUUUCACUGGUUUUGUCAGGAAGGUGGAAGAUUUAAGCUCGUUACAACAAAGGUUCGAGAAUGAAGGAAUUGCAACGAUUAAGGCUAUCCCAAUGGGUGGAGAACGAGUCUUCAUUAAAGUGGAUGAGGAUGAAGACUUCAAGAGCUUAGUAAAGGAGUAUGAAGGCUUUUUCCAACAAGAAUUCAGCAUCAUCAGAGAAUGGAAUCCUAGAGACAUCGGGGGAGCGAGAUACGUCUGGGUUCGUGCAUGGGGAAUCCCUAUCCAUGCCUGGAACAAGAAAGUCUUUUCCUUGUUAACAACCUCUUUUGGCAAGCUUAUGAAACUCGAUCAGGCAACUAUAGAUAGGGAGAGGUUUGAUUUGGCCAGAUUAUACGUUAGAACGACAAUGAUGGAGUUCAUCAACAAGGUGAUCAAAGUCCAAAUUAAUGACGAGAUCUUCGCUAUUAGAAUUACAGAAGAAUUGUGUGAUUGUGAGUCUGGAGAUUACAUGAUGGACAUUGAAAAUUAUCUUUCCGAUGCAGAAGUUGAAGAUGAUGAUACCUCUGUAAACUCUAUGGAUACUUGCAUUCCUCCAUCAAUGUCUUCUGAGGAAGAUGAAGAGACAAUGAAGAAGAUAGAAGAUAAUGCUGAGCAUUUAAUUCUUGAAGCGGCAGCGGCUGAAGCAUUAAAUGGGGGAAUACACGCGGUAGACAAUACGGAGAACGAGAAAAAUGAAGGGCCAAAUCCCCCGGAAUUAACGCAAAUAUUAAAUGAAACGUGUAGAAUUUUCAAUGCAUGCGGUGAUUUGUCAGGAAUAAAAUUAAAGACGAAGGAAACAGUUGGGGGCAUCGUGUCAUGUUCAAAUGAUAAAAAUAGUGGUGAUUUAAUAAGGUGGGGCCCAUCUAUUGAAAGAGAAAAAAAUGGGCCAUUACAUGAACCAAGCCCAAUUCAAAGCUCUGGUGAAAUACAAGUCACAGACAAAAUUGAUAAUUAUAGUAAUUCAGGGGGUACUCAAAUUAAAACCAAAGCACCGAAAGAGAACCCAAAUCAGGCGUGUCAAGAAGAUAAGGGAAAUCAAAAUAGGCUAGAACAACCCAGGCACGAUCCACUUCAAUCCCUAAACUCUAAAGCUUCCAUGGAGAUUAUAAAAAAUUAUGGCAACCUCGGUGACGAUGAUGAAAAUAAAGAAAGCGAUAGGGUCGACAUCGGAAAAAAGGCCUCAUCAAGGCAAGAAGGUAAGAGUCCAGACAACGUAUCUCAAGGGACAUCAAUCUCUUCAAAAGUCAGAAGAAAGAGGAGGAUAGAAAUAUUAAGGGAGAAGAAGAAAUUAAAGAAAAAGGGGAAAAAGGUAUCAACAAAUUGUUCAUGCAGCCAACGCUCCAGACUCCACAAGGUACAGGCUAAUCAUAACUCUGUUCUUACAGAAAACGAAUCGGAUAGAAAAAUGUGGGUGUUGUUACAUGGCGAUGCUAAAGAAGUUGCGAAAGAUGUAUGGGAUCUAGGAAAAGAUUAUGGAUUAUUGCACAAAGGGGAGGAAGGAGAAAUAAUUCAAGAACUGGUGUCAGGAGUGAAGAUCGGAGAAGGAUCUUCCAAAUAA